GAAAAUUGAUGUAUAUAAAGGAGCACAGAGGUGUCCAAGAGAUGAAGAAGCAUUUGGAUGCAGAAAGAGACCACUGACCCUUCAUUGACAAAAAGACAUGUAUCCUCUACUUCUGCUCCUUUUGUUGGGAACCAUCUAUGCCCAGGAACCAGAUGAUUGCUCUCAAGAUGACUCGAUGUCUCAAGAUGAAAUAGAGGAUCCAAAUGGCCAAGAGAAUCACUGUGACAUGCCUGAUACCCUGGAGACAACCCCUUUAAAUGACUGCCAGUUGGAGAAAUGCCACAAUGUCUCUAUACAAAUAAAUAACAUAUUUGGUGAUGUUUGUCCAGACAAAAGUACCUGUCGCUAUCAAGCUUUCAACUGCCCCACAACCUUUCGGAGGGCUCAGCAUUCCUGCAGGUGCCGCAGAGGGAACCUGAGUUCAGUUUCUAAUGGGUGUGCCAAUAAUAGGAUCAGAUGUUUUGUUCGGAGAUCGUGUUCAAACCGGCAAUAUGCAUGGAUUGGUGUGUGGAAACCUGCCAAUUCUUGUGCCUAUGUAAAUGCUAAUGGAAGCAGAUUGACCUACACUAACUUUGCUCCGGGACAGUAUCGAAGAUGCGGAAGCUGGUGUGUGGCCAUGAAUUUGUCAAAUGGUAAAUGGUAUACUUUCAACUGUUGCACUUCACUGGCCUUCGUCUGUACCAUCUAAGAGUGGAGGAUCUACGAAGGCUUCUGACCUCCAUCUCCAAAGUUCCUGUUGCAAAAUUUCUCGAUUGUCUGCUUUCAACUACAUCUUCCCCUGCUUUAUAUACCACAUGCUGCUUUUUAAAUAAAUCCUGAAUGCAUUUAGAAUUG